CAGGGUGAUGACGAGGCUUGGGGAACAAGCCCUCUCUUGCUGAGUUUCUGUGUGUCAUUUUCUCCAAACCCCUCCUUCCCUCCAUCAUUGAAAAGCCCAGUCUAGUCCAAGAGACCUCAAACACAGAGGACUGUUCAGACCGAGCCACACCUUGACCUUCCUGGAAGCGAGCGACAGAGGAAACAACAAAAAAGUAAAGAGGUAUGGGAUACGCUGGCGUGCAGAUCGUGGCCGUGGCGCUCACAGUGAUUGGGCUCGUAGGCUCCAUCGUGUGCUGCGCUUUGCCCAAGUGGAGGGAGAGCUCCUUCACCGGCAGCAACAUCGUCACUGCGCAGGUGCAGCAGGAGGGCCUGUGGAUGAGCUGCGUGGUGCAGAGCACCGGCCAGAUGCAAUGCAAGAAGUACGACUCCAUGCUCAUUCUGGCCACCGACCUGCAGGCAGCCCGGGCCAUGGUGGUGAUCAGCUGCAUGCUGUCGGUAUUGGGGAUGCUGGUCGCUUUCGCCAGCUCCGAUUUCACAACCUGCAUGCAGAACGAGUCGGCCAAGGGGAAGAUCAUCCUGGCGGCCGGCGUCAUAAUCAUCGUGUCCGGCUUGCUGAUCCUCAUCCCGGUCAGCUGGUCGGCCAACACGGCCAUCCGCGCCUUCUACAACCCGCUGGUGGCCCAGAAGAUGGAGCUGGGAGCGAGCAUCUUCAUCGGCUGGGGGGCGGCGCUGCUCCUCAUCGUCGGAGGCGGGCUGCUGUGCUGCUUCCGCUCGAAAGGAGGCGAUGGAAAUUAUUCGGCUCAGUAUUACUCCAAAAAUCAGCCCGCCUCCGCGCCCAACAAGAAUUACGUUUAAUAGUGAAAUCAUUGAUUACUUCCUACGUGCAUUUAAAUUCAUUUAAUACAUUAAAUUAGCCUCUUUUUUAAUUAACAUAAAGUAACGGAUGGAUUCAGGAUGCUUUGUAACGACGUUGUGGAAUAUAUAAUGUUCUUUUCUGUUAUGCAUUUUUUUCUUUGUGUUUGUGUUUCUUUGUGUUUCUUGCAGUGCCAUCUAGUGGCGAUGUGCGGUAUUACACACAGAUAACUAUUAUUCCAGGAUCUCAGUAUAACUAGCAGAAUUAGAUUAUUAUUAUUUUUAUUAUUUUUGUAAUUUUGUUAUUAUUAUUGUAACAGUCCAGUAAAAACAUUUCUGUUUUAUCAUUGGUUACGUAUUGAUGGUGUAUUUACUAGUAAACUUCAGUAUAUUCUUUUGUGUUUUUAAAUAAAACAAACAAAUGAGAAAUUAAAA